GAAAAGCAGGCCAUCUGCCUCUUAGCAUCGUGGGGCUGUAGUGAGGUUUAAUCCAGAUUACGGCUGACCGUAUUUUUUGUUGUUGCUGUCUGUUCCCUAGCCGUCAGUGCAUCCUUCAUUACACACCCAGGCAGCAGGACAGGUUAGCUAGACAGAAUAUACAGGAUCCCAUUGGACCUAACCAACCGCUAGCAAUCCCAACCCAACGGUAGAAGCCAGGGAAGCAACUAGUCCUAUUUACAAUAAUAUAAUAUCUAUAUAUCCUAGUACAGCAGAACUCCAUAGGGGAUCAAUAUGUUCCUAAUCAAGACCAUGAUGCCUAACCCACUGGCUGGUUUGAAUCCUAUGGGUGGAGGAGAGGAGGAAGCGGAGGCGGCCCCUGCAGACCCGGCCAAGGCAGCAGGGAUGACACGCGAGGAGUAUGAGGAGUACCAAAAACAGUUGGUGGAGGAGAAGAUGGAGAGAGAUGCCGACUUCUUACACAAGAAAGCUGAGAGGGCAACUCUGCGGGUGUGCCUACGAGACAAGUACAGACUCCCAAAGAGCGAGCAGGACGAUAACAUGCUGGCCAUGGCUGGAGACGACGUGGACGUACCCGAGGAGCUGCUCAAGAUGGUGGACGAGGAUGCCACGGAGGAGGAGGACAAGGACUCCAUCUUGGGUGGCAUCCAGAACCUCCAGAACAUGGACAUGGACCAGCUCAAGGAGAAGGCCUCGGCCACCGUGACGGAGAUGAAAGCCAAGGCAGAGGAGAAAUGCUCUGUCAUGUAAAAUAAAAUAAAAUGGAAGAUUUCACUUCAUGAACAGCCGGUCCCAAUUCUAGCCCGAUUCGAUCCCUUGGCCCUAACCCUUCAAUGUUUGCAGAUCUGAAGGUGGAAAAAUAUGGUGGAAGCUGUACCACAACACUGCCUAUACUUAUUAAGACCAUUAGACAUGCUAACAUAGAGGUGUAAGGGAACAAGGGGGAGGGAAAGGGAGUGAUUUAGGACCGACUGUAAACAAACCGAUCCUAUAACGGUCUCCACUCUCCACCGAGCAGACCUGGGUUUACAAUAAGUAUCUAUUUUAAAGCUCCUAUACUCAACUGGUGGACCACAUCUAUUUAUUGUUAAAAAAAUGGAACUCGAUCGGGCUUCGACCCCUGGUAUCAUUUAAACACACAUCAGACGUGUAGAAUUGCAGGAAAUUAGCUUUGAAACAGCAACACAAUUCUCUGUCCCAUGUAAAAUGUGUAGAACUGCAGGAAAUUAGCUUUAAAACUGCAACAUUUUCUCUCCGCCAACAAGAGGGGUGUGAACAGUUUGGGGUCCAAUUGGGUUGUGAGGUAGGGUUUGUUACUAUGCCGAUAAAUGACAUUAUCCAUCUGGACCUUAGCCACAUAGAACAUUUGUUUGACCGGACCUUCUCAACUAGUACUUGAGUACCCCUGUUUUAAAGUCUCCUUUGUGUGUUUUGAUUGAGCCUGUCUGGGGAGUGCCAGAUGGACGGGCCGAGUUGGUUUGCACUUUUACCAUUCCAUUGGCUCCAUAAUUGCGCCAGGUAAGCUCAAUCAAGCUCAGCUGAAAGAAAACAGAUACUAUUUGAACCCAGGUCUAAGAGAGUCCUCUAUCUCCCCCUAUCAAUGAUCAAAUCUGUGAAAUCUGCUUGGCGACAUCCAAUGGUAGCAGGUCUUUCGCUGAAAUGGAAGUUAAUUUCCCAAACAACUUCUUGUGUGAAUCGGUUUAUGUUUUGAAGUCUCCCUGUAAUUUGCUGUUUGUUUAACUUGUAAAAGUACGUAUUUUUUUGUAUGUGUGUGAAUGAAUGCUGUUUUAGAUUGUUUCUCCCCAAUGUGUGUUAUUCUCCAUGUUUCAUCUGUUAAUUAGGAAAUGAUGGCACUUCUUUUACACUUUUUGCAACUGACAAUAUUGCAAAAUGCAUUCUGUUGCAUAUCCUCCUCCACACACACAAUAGUAAAUCUUUGACAAUCACAUGUUUAUCCAAAACAACAAGCAUAAAACACGCCUGUAAGAGAUAAAUACUUGCAGUUUUGCACAAUCCAUCAUUUAAAUAAAAAUAUAUAGUCUUUAUUCCAUAAUUAAACAAACUGUACAUUAACAUUGACUGACACACUGGAGUACUAAUGUUAAGGAUAUUGGAUUACUCUAAAAUAUAUGUAUAUUAAAUGUAAAGUUAUGUUGUGCUGUUAGAAUUAUACAUGUUCAUGCAGAAGCCAAUGACAAAUAAAACGACUGACUUGU